AUGCCCUAUCUCAACAGGCGCACCGUCCGGAGCUUGCUCGCUCGCUCACGUCCCUCGCCAUCUCCUGCGCCGACCCGUCCAACAGAGACCUUGACCGACCCUGUCAAGCCAGAACCGACAACCCCUCUUCCAUCGUCCGCUUCUGCACCUGUUGGUCUUGUCGAGACAUCGCCGUCCGUUCAGAGCAGCACUCGUGCCGUGACCGCCAACGAAAGCACUUCACCUGCUUCUGCACGUUCCCUGCCCGCCAGCACGGCAAAAAACCGCCCUUCUACUUCCACACCUCGAGAAUCGCAUUCUAGUAGCCAAACGCAGCCGCUGCCAGACACUACGCAGCGCGAGAUUGCCGCAUAUCUAGAAGCAGGCAUCCCCAUUCCAAGCACCGUUGCUGCGGCACCACCCGUCUUUGCACCGUACGCCGCCGGCCACGUCCCCGCGUCCGACUCGCCUCCGUACGAGUUCAACGGGCUCUUUGCCGUUCCCGCAGCUUCUACAAGCCCGCCUGCGACUCCCGGUGCGCCGCCGCUGUACCAGCCGCACGCGUCUGACGCCGAGGUGUUUCCGCAGCUCCCGUUUACACCGUUCCACCGCAACGCCAUUGCUGCGCGCAGCGGCGGCGAGCGAGUCGAACAUGAACUUCCCGGCGAUGACCGCUUCCCUCGCUAUCCUGGCUCCCGCGUCGUCAACGGCUCCUGGCUCGGCGGCCGCUUCGAGCGCUUCACCGUCGGCGGCCGCACAUUCUUCUGCCCCGUGCACCUCAUGCUCCGCUACCCGCACUGGCGUCUUCUCCUGAACCUCGAGCGCCCUCCGCACGGCUGGGUGCUGUCGCCGUCCAUCGACGCCACCAUCUUCGCGCUCGUCAUCGAGGCGCUCGUCUCCGCCUCCGGCUUUGACGGCACCGAGCCCGGCCUCAACCUCGUCAAGCUCAUGCUCGCCGCGCGGCAGGCGCACGACUGGGGCAUGGAGCGCGAGGUCGCCAAGCUCGUCGCCAGCUUCCGGCGGUACGUGGCCCGCCGCGUCUUCUACCGCAACCCGCACGCGCCGGACACGCACGGCGUCAUGGACCACAACUACUUUGUGCACCGCUCCGAGGAGAUCUACCGGGCGUGGCGCGCCGCGAGCCAGGCCCCGCGCGCGCUGCAGCGCUGCCUCCCGCCCGCGGAGCUCGUCUGCCUGUACACGCUGGCGGUGCCGCGCGACCUGUGGCCCGCGCUGACGGCCGAGUUCCCCGACGAGUUUGCGGCGCUGAUUGACUUUUCGGCGCGGAUCCGCGUGGUGCCCGAGGAGGUCGACUACCACGACUGGUGGCUGCGCUUCUUUCGCCUCGCGGGGUGUCUCGACUUUGACUGGAUGGCGGACGUGCCCGACGCGCUCAACAUGUUUUUCCGGGGACACGAGGAGGCGAGCAGGGAGCUUGAGCGGCAAAGGCAGCAGGCGAUGCAGGCUGCGGACGGUGAUGGGAAUGCGGUGGACGGCCUUCUGGCUGCGGCGCGUGCUUCAACGGAUGCUGAUGCGACUGAUGGUGCAGAUGAUCAGUAA